AUGGUGAGAGUAAUAUGUGAAAGGGCGGCGAAAAGGCAUUCCUACCGUUCUGUUCAGCUUUUGGAACUUGAGUUGUGGAAGGGAGAUGUGACAUAUAUAGUCUUACUAUGUUCUCCACAUCUCGUACUUCUUGUCUUGUUUGUGCCUGAAUCUGAACCUUUUGCAUCAGUCUUUACAGCUAUUCUGUUGAUGGAGAGUACUGGGUUUAAUUCUCCUCGGACUGAUACCUUUCCGGCCGGUCUUCGUGUUCUUGUGGUCGAUGACGAUCCAACCUGGUUGAAAAUCCUUGAAAAGAUGCUUAAGAAGUGUUCAUAUGAAGAAGAAAAGACAGUAAAACAUUUUGUUGAGAGUCUUGAGACACAGUACUUCCAUAAAUACUCAAUAGUAGUCAUCUCCUUGAGUAAUCCUUCUUGUUCUACUUUCCUAUGCAAGCCCAAAUCAAGUCAUCAGAGGUAUCCAUUAGGCAUGAAAAUAGUUGAUGCGGGAAAGACAGAACACCAUUGCAUCAUUGAUGUCAAAAUGACUACGUGUGGUCUAGCACGAGAGGCUCUGGACCUGCUUCGUGGAAGAAAAGAUGGAUUUGAUAUCGUAAUCAGCGAUGUUAACAUGCCUGAUAUGGAUGGUUUCAAGCUUCUAGAGAAUGUUGGUCUUGAGAUGGAUCUUCCUGUCAUUAGUCAGUUCUCUCUCAAAGCCAUAUGA